AUGUUGUUCUCCCAUAUUUCCUGGUCAGCUUGGGUGAUGAGCGUCUUACCAAUAGGUGCGGCGAGUCGCGCGUUUUCGAACCCAAUCCUGCCCGGGUUCAAUCCCGACCCUAGCUGCACUUUUGUGCCCGAAUGGGACAAUACCUUCCUCUGCACCACUUCCUCGUUUCUGACGUUCCCUGGCGCUCCUGUCUGGGCAAGUAAAGAUCUUGUAAACUGGAAACUUGCUAGCCACGCUGUCAACCGCGCCGAGCAGGUGCCUGAGCUGUUCAGAAAUAGCCAGCAAAGCGAGGGAAUAUGGGCGUCGACAAUACGCUAUCACGAUGGCCUCUUCUACUUGAUCACGUCGUAUGUAUCCUGGUACGAGGGCUGGGGUCCCAAGAUUCUCCUUUUUACGACGAAAGACCCGUACGACGAUGACGCAUGGAGCGAUCCUAUUCAUUUUGAGAACCCAGAGAACGAGAUUGAUCCAGACCUCUUCUGGGACGACAAUGGAAAGGUGUACAUGUCGGUUGCAAGGGGGAUUUUCAUCCACGAGGUUGACCUCGCCACAGGGUCCGUUUUGAAGACCUUGACAGUCUGGAACGGCACAGGCGACCGCAAUCCCGAAGGCCCUAAGCUGUACAAGAAGGACGGAUAUUACUACCUCUCUAUUAGCCAAGGAGGCACGGAAACAAAUCACUCUGCGGUCAUUUCCCGCGCUACCAGCAUCGAAGGUCCGUACGAGGGAUACGAAGGAAACCCUAUAUUGACCGCCAAGAACACGGAUUCGUUUUUCCAGACAAUCGGCCAUACGGACUUUUUCCAGGAUGCUUCAGGCAACUGGUGGUGUGUCGCGCUCGCGACGAGAUCUGGGCCUGACUGGGAAGUUUAUCCCAUGGGUCGAGAAGCGGUACUGGCCCCGAUGGUCUGGGAAAAGGGUGAGUGGCCAGUGGUGGAUCGGAUUCAAGGCGUCAUGCAUGGGCCUCUCCCUCGAGUCAACAAGAAGAUUCCUGGCAAUGGCCCUUGGGCGACAGAUGGAGAUCGCGUGGACUUUAAGCGCGGGUCUCAAAUUCCUCGACAUUUCUUGUACUGGCGCCCGCCCAAGGCCUCUCUGUUCACCGUGUCGCCACCUGGACACCCAAAUACGCUACGGAUUUCGCCUUCUCGAGUCAACUUGACCGCGGACAGUCAGUUCGACCCAAUUACUGAUGGCUUUGCCCUUAUUUCACGGAAGCAGUCCAGCUCCAUCUUCACCUACACUGUGGAUGUUUCUUUCGAACCCAAGGAUGUUCUUGAGGAGGCCGGCCUGACGGUGUUCCUAACUCAGUACCAACACAUCGACAUCAGCAUCAUCAAGGGCAGUAAAUCUGGGCUGAAGCUCAAGUUGUAUGUCGAAGCCAGUGGGAAGCCAGGCAUCGUUGUGCCAGAGAAAAAGACGGUUGACGUCCCAGCGCACUGGCUUCGGACCUUGCUUGGAGCAUAUGCCACCAGCAACGGCGGGGAAGGUCAAACUCCUGCCUAUUUUGGCCGGUGGAGGUACAAGCCCAUCAGCCAGGAAAUCGACGAAGGCGUGUAUGAACCAGUCGAACAGUAA